AUGGGGAAAGCGGAGAUUAUCUCGAACCUCUUGCUGGCCGGACUAUCCGUGGCUCCGCUCUUUGUGAAAAUCAACCCCAACUUUAAUGUCGUCGCCAUGGCUUCGUUAACCGUGUUCGCUGGCUGUUAUCGAUCCGUCAAGCCGGCCGCUCCAGCUGAGACGAUGUCGAAGGAGCACGCCAUGCGCUUCCCCAUCAUCGGCAGCUGUGUGCUCUUCUCGCUCUUCCUGCUCUUCAAGUUCCUCCCCAAGGACCUCGUCAACAUGGUGCUCAGCGCCUACUUCGUCUUCCUCGGAGUCAUGGCCAUCGGGGCCACAAUUCUUCCCCUUGUGUCGCGAUUUGUGCCUGCAAAGUGGAACGAGGAUAUUUUCUACUGGAAAGCACCCUAUUUUAAAGAUUUUGAGAUAGAGCUGACGAUGGCACAGGUGGUAGCAGGAAUCCCCAGUUCGGCCUUCUGCGUGUGGUACGUCACGCGCAAGCACUGGUUCGCCAACAACGCCCUCGGCCUCGCCUUCUCGCUGCAGGGCAUCGAGAUGCUCUCCCUCGGCUCCUUCACCAUCGGCGCCAUUCUGCUGACGGGUCUUUUCUUCUACGACAUCUUCUGGGUCUUCUUCACUCCCGUUAUGGUUUCUGUUGCCAAGUCAUUUGAUGCGCCCAUCAAGCUGCUGUUCCCAACUGGUGACCUCGCGAGACCCUUCUCCCUGCUGGGACUGGGCGACAUUGUCAUCCCUGGCAUUUUUGUGGCCCUUGCUUUAAGGUUCGACGUCUCGAGAGGCACAGGGCCACGUUACUUUGUCUCCACCUUUGCCGGUUACAUGGCUGGGAUCAUUACCACCAUCUUCGUUAUGAACUACUUUCAAGCUGCCCAGCCUGCCCUGCUUUAUAUUGUACCCGGAGUCAUGGGUUUCCUAGGUGUACACGGCGCAAUUCGAGGAGAACUUAAGGAGCUAUUGGCUUAUGAUGAGUCUGGGGAUGGUGACGAUAAGGGUGGUGAUCAUGACGGUGAGGUGACUAAGGAUGGAGAGAAGCCAUCAAGCACACCAGCCCCGUCCACGAAGAAGUCGGGGAAAGCUGAUUAA